AUGUCCAUAGCAUUGAUUAAUCGCGCGAUACUUAUCGCCCUUGGAACCUCACAACGACUCAGGCGCAGCAGCUGCUUAAUACCCUCUUAUCGCAGUGUUUCUUUCAGCAACCAUUGCUACCCUAUCAUGCCCACAGACACAGUCAAAACCCCCGCAUAUCGGCUGCUAAAGCCGCUGGUCGAUAACCAGGACGCGACAAAAUGUGAUGCAGGCAGUUUUGACGUCACAAAAGUCGUCUCUGAACUCUCAGACGCCGCGCGGGCAGCAGAGGCAGCAGAAAACAAUCUCGAGGACUUUGUCUACGACACGUGGGCGGAAUUCUUCAAGAUUGUUGCGCAAAUCGAAUACUCCAGCGCUGCACAAGACGAGCUCGUCAAGGUCUUGAGAGAGCUGCGCGGCACAUCUGUGACUGGCUCGGGGGGCAAGACCCUAGUUGUUAAUGAGGCUGGUGAGAUCUGGAAGGAUCUUCCUACCUUUGGAUGGAUGGCCAGGGACUUGUGGAAUUUUGACAUACGAGACCCGGACAACAAACCUGAAGAUAUCAACAAAUUCAACAACCAAACUGCCUUUUUGGCACGCCUGACUUCCCUUGCUUACAGCAAAGGUGACACCAAUUCCCCGCUGGAUUACAGCCUUUACGCGCUUUGGUCUUUCCGGGAUGCUUUCGAGCAGUCAUCACAGAGUCUAGCUGCUGCCAAGAACUCUGCUAUUUGGAUCAACUACGCCUCGAAUGCGCUGAAGGGCCUGGCCUCCAAGGGCCAUGACUUCCCUGACCGCAGCGGCACCGCGGGACCCGAAUAUAGCUCUAAGGAAUGGAAGGGUUUCAACCAGGAGAGGUGGGAAGUGUGGAGACGGGGAUUUCAGAAUGCAAUUCAGCAAGUGGGCGCCGAGGCAGACCAAGAUACUCGGGGCCUGCUCAAGAAGGCAGUGGACCUCAUGUGA